UUCUAUUUCUAUUUCUAUUUCUAUUUCUAUUUCAAACCUAUGAUUAUUUGAAGGGCUUGAAACACGCAUGAUUCUGCAUCUAAAUUUCUCAUUUCCCCGUCAAUCAAUUCCACAAAUUCAUCCGAUUUCAUCCUGAUCUAUUCUCGAAUCCCUAAACUCACCUGCAAUUGACACAAAUCUCAGAGGAAACAGCUUACGGAGUGACUGGAGCUGCGGCACAUGCUGUAGAUUCAGAAUUUUCAAGGUAAUAACUUCGACUGACGAGAAACAUGAAAUGCUUCAAGUGGUUAUUUGUAUGCUCUCUGAUCGGGCUACUCAGUAGUCCAUCAGACAGUUAUGGAAAUGUCGUGACUGACGAUAAAGUUUUGCGCGUUGGUGUGGAGCUUUUCAAGGAAGUAUUGGCGCUACAAAAUGGGGCUCGCUUCUACCACUUGCAUGGAUUAAAACCUCAGAUGUGGUAUGAAGUGAAGAUAUCAUAUCCUUCUUCUAUACCAGCCAGUUUUUCUUUGCAACUAAAAAGAGGUGCUCCAGAUUUGGGUCUGAAUCAAGGAAGAAAAUUGCUCAACACUGAAAAGAUAAUUUUCAAGACAGAUGGAAUCACCUCAUUGAUUGAACAGGGCGAAAUGUCUGUUCUCGUGAACGUGGAACCUGAAGGGGUUGUUGCGAUACCAGGGAAGCAGGAAACGGAAUAUAUCAUUUUUAAUAUAGUUUGUGACGAACUGUUUAUGGGUAUUCCCCACGAGGCUUGGUACGUUGUAGUUUUCAUACUGCUUGGUUUGGUGCUGGCUUUUGUGGUUCCUCCCUAUCUGCCCGUGUUCUUGCUGCCAAAAAACGGUAGACAGCCAUUGUUCGAUCAUGCUGUUACCAAGGCUUCAUGAAGCCGUCUCUUUGCUGCAUCUUGCCGUUAUAUGUACUCAAGAUAUUUGAUUUAGAUGGAGUAUUUGGCUUCACAUUAGUUUGACAUUAAAUCAUAUUGAAUUAUAAAUAAUGGUCCUUUAUGAAUGUAUUUGACUGUCUAUAGUUAGUUACUUACUUUCAAAUUUUGAAAAUUGAAACCCAACCCCGAUUUGGAAUGUUUGUGGCUCCAAAAUUAAGUAGUUGGUUAUGUAUUUUCUCAUUGGUCAUGAUAAAUGAUGGAUAUAACUGAAAAAAUUACUACAAAAUUUUCUCAUUUUUGGUUUUGAA